AUUUUAAGCAUGACAAAGCAAGUUUUCCCUCUCCUCCAUGUUCCUCCAGGCAUCUCCCUUUUUAUUUUCUGACCUGCUGCAGUAGAAGCUUUGAAACUAGACAGACUUCGGUGCAAACUGAAUUCACAGGGCACCCAGGGGGAUUGCCUUCAGUGAAAUUUUGUUUUGCAUUCAAGCUCAGACAGCAAGAAGACAGGUCACAGCGCAGCCAGUUCAUCACUUGUUAUAACUUUGCUAGCCUGCCCUGUGGAAAGUAAAAGCACUCUUGUGUCAGACAGACGUUAGAAGCCAAAUAUCACCUACUUGUAAGUCCCUGUCGUGGUUUUUGCCAUGGUGCCUUCACCCACUGCAUGACUAGACCUAACAAAAAUAUUGGCUGGUCUCUUUGCAAACACAGUACGAGGACUGCAUGAUGCUGCCUUGGUCCGUGGCAAAACUGAAUGGGCGCUAUGCUGUUUUCUUGAAGUCGUUCCUCUUAAGCAAGAUCGUACUGGCUUGGGUGUUGGUACCCUGUGAUCUUUUUGGUUGGCUUAUUACUAUGGUCCGUUUGGUUCUUUUUGUGUGUGGGUUUUUUUUUUUCUUUUAAAAGGCAGGCACACCUUCUGAAGGGCAGACUUGCAUAGCUGAGAUACCUGAGGAGAUAAGGAUGGGGUUUGGUGGGUGUAAAGGAAAACCAGUGAGUGUAUCUGUGGUGGGAGAAGAGGGGGUUUUCUACAGAGUAGACAGUGAUGUUUUUGAAGAGCUUUCCUUCCUCUGACAUUAGUGACCCACCUCUCUUCAUCUCUGUUUAAUGCCCUCUUGCAAAAUCCAGCUUAUUGUCAAGAAUAGCUUGCAAGAGAGCAGGUAAAGCCCUGUUGCUCACUUCCCUAUUCCCCUGACACUAUACCCUUAUCUGUAGCUUGGCAGAGCUGAAGGGGAGGUGAGUGGGGUGCUCCAAGCACUGUUCAGAAGGCCCUUUCCCUCUGCAGCAUGAGAUGAAGCCACCACCGCAGAAGCCUAGAAGGGAGAAUCACAGUGAGAUAGAGCGGCGACGGCGCAACAAAAUGACUGCCUACAUCACAGAGUUGUCGGACAUGGUGCCCACCUGCAGUGCUCUGGCCCGCAAGCCGGACAAGCUGACUAUCCUGCGUAUGGCUGUGUCGCACAUGAAGUCCCUGCGGGGCACCGGCAACACCUCCACCGAUGGCACUUACAAGCCCUCUUUCCUUACAGAUCAGGAACUCAAACACUUGAUUCUAGAGGCAGCCGAUGGCUUUCUAUUCAUAGUGUCCUGUGAGACGGGAAGGGUGGUCUACGUCUCGGACUCGGUGACUCCUGUCCUAAACCAGCCCCAGUCUGAGUGGUUUGGCAGUACCCUGUACAACCAGGUGCACCCAGACGACGUGGGCAAACUGCGGGAGCAGCUCUCGACAUCUGAGAAUGCGCUGACGGGUCGUAUCCUUGAUUUGAAGACAGGGACAGUUAAGAAGGAAGGCCAGCAGUCCAUGAGGAUGUCCAUGGGCUCCCGUCGGUCCUUCAUCUGCCGAAUGAGGUGUGGCAGCAGCUCUGUGGAUACUGUCUCUGUCAACAGGCUUAGUUUCAUGAGGAACCGAUGCAGGAACGGAUUGGGUGCAGUGAAAGAUGGUGAGCCUCAUUACGUGGUGGUACACUGCACAGGGUAUAUCAAAGCCUGGCCUCCAGCAGGCAUCUCGUUACCAGAUGAUGACCCAGAUGCUGGCCAGGGAAGCAAAUUUUGCCUUGUGGCCAUUGGCAGAUUACAGGUCACUAGCUCGCCCAACUGCACAGACAUGAGCACUGUUUGUCAGCCAACAGAAUUCAUCUCCCGACACAACACUGAAGGCAUCUUCACCUUCAUAGAUCACCGCUGCAUGGCAACAGUUGGCUACCAACCACAGGAACUUCUGGGGAAGGACAUUGUAGAUUUCUGCCACCCGGAAGACCAGCAGCUCUUGCGGGACAGUUUCCAGCAGGUGGUGAAGUUAAAAGGCCAGGUGCUGUCAGUCAUGUUCCGCUUCCGGUCCAAAAACCGCGAGUGGCUCUGGAUGCGAACCAGCUCCUUCACCUUCCAGAACCCCUACUCAGAUGAGAUCGAGUACAUCAUCUGCACCAACACCAGCGUGAAGAAUUCAAGCCAGGAGUCACGGCCUGCCCUGUCCAAUGCCAUGCCAAGGCCACAGCUGGGGCAGAGUGCCAGCCUUCCCCUGGAGAUGGGUGCAGCGCAGCUGGCCUCAAGACCGCAGCAGCCGCCACAGCAGCAGGCAGAGCUGGAAGUGGUUCCAGGGGGAGAGAGCCUGUCUGGGUACGAGCACUCGCAGGUCUCUGUUCAGCCAGUCACAGCAGCCGGCCCUGAACACAGCAAGCCCCUGGAGAAAGCAGAGACCCUGUUUCCGCAGGAGCGCGACCCAAGGUUCAGUGAAAUCUACCCUGGCAUCAGUACAGAUCAGAGCAAAGCCAUUCCUGCCAAUACCGUGCCUACUAAUCAGCCGCUCUUCCCUCAGGGAAAUACUUUCACCCCUACCCGGCCUGCGGAGAACUUCAGGGGCAGUAGCAUGGUACCUCCUGUAAAUAUUAUCCAACAUCAGUCUGCCUCCACCGGCCGAAUCUUAGCCCAGAUUUCUCGUCACUCCAACCCCACUCAGGUCAGCGGAACCAACUGGCCGGCUGGGUCACGGCCCUCGUUCUCAGCACAGCAAGUGGCAUCCCAGGCCGCGAAGACCCGUUCCCCCUCAUUUGGGAUGGGCACCUUCCAAGGCACCCCCUCCUCCUUCAGUCCCAUGUCCACAUCGGGCUCCACAGCCUCGCCUGGCAGCGCCGCGUAUCCCAACCUCACCAGCCGUGGCACGGGCUUCACCACUGAGACUGGGCAGACGCCAGCCCCGUUUCAGGCACGGACGACAGAAGGAGUGGGCAUGUGGCCUCAGUGGCAGGGACAGCACCACGGGCCGGCAUCAGGAGAGCAACACGUGCAGCAGCCACCCACCCAGUCAGAGGUCUUCCCGGACAUGCUGUCCAUGUUGGGAGACCAGGGAAGCAACUACAACAAUGAAGAAUUCCCUGAGUUAAACAUGUUUCCCUCCUUCUCGGAAUAAAACUCUUGUAAGUAAGGACAGCAGCCACCAUCCAGUUCUCAAGUAUCUCCAUGUAAAGGAAAAGCACCUACAGCUUUCUUCCAAGACUGCUAAACUUUGGAAACACUUCCUUCCUCCUGGUGGCUGGGAACAUGCCCCCGAGAGCCCCAAAUGGAUGAUUUGCUGUGGAGGAGACAGCCAUGCCUCUGGGGUGCCGUGAGCACCAGUGGUACUGGUCACCAGAAGAUUUCAGGACUGGAGUACCCCUCCAUGGGGAAGUUCUGGUAACGCUCCCGGCUUGGGCAGCAGGGUGCCCUCAGCACAGAGCUUACACAUCUUUUCUUCAGCCCUUUUUAAGCUGUGUAUCAGAGCUGUUUUUAGACUUCAGCGGAAGGAUUCCCCCCCACACACACCCUGCCCUGAUUGACGCCAGGAGGGUAGGAAUCCUCCUCAUCUUCUCCAGCCUGUCGUGUGGGGUCUACACGUUGCCCAAUCAAGGGACUCCUUCUUUGCCAUCUCUCCAGGAAGUCAGGAGCAAGCUUGUUACGAGCUCUCCAGCUCGUGGGAGUGGUGCUCCGUUAGACCUCCAUGCAUACGGCAGCAUGGCUGCUUUUCAACCCAACCUCGUCCAUAAUCUGUGCAAUUCGUGUGAGUCUCUUAGUACAACCUAUAAAUGUGUGGGGGACUUUCAUACAUGUACACAUGGGAUAAUGAUGAGCCAUAACGUAGCUUUUGUGGGGCAGGAGUAAGUGAGUCAGGCCACAGCUGAAGGUGUCAGCACUGCCCUAAACCAGUGUUUAAACAAGUUCUCUUGAAGUCCAUCAAGGGGGAAAAAAAAUCCCCAUGUCUUUCCAUGCAGGUUCAGCUGUCUGCAUCUCCUUCCCUCUUCUCUUUGGUAAACCAAAUCACAAGCGUAUGGAUCAAGGAUCCAGGUAAAAAUAGCCAGGGGCUGGUGCUCACAUCCCCAAGGUGUUUCAUUCUUGCCUUCAGGGAUCCCUCUAAAGAAAUCCUUCCUGCCUUACCACAAUCUCGUCCUUGGCCUAUGAGAUGGAGGCUAAGAAGAGCGAGAGCAUUUGCUGGAAUAGUUUAAGCCUUGUGUUCCCAGUUUGUUGGCAUCUUUCCUGAGGGGGAUAAAAACAAGAAGCGCCAGGCCCUUUCUCAGUGGCUCCUGUAGACUCUUGGGCAGGCACCUCCUGGGUCUGGAAGCGUCAGAGCCAGACGCUCAGGUUUUUAUGUGGGUUUCUGGGUAUUUCCAGAGUACUGAUGACUCUCCAGCAUCAGGAUUUAAGCUCUGCCUUCUCAUGCUUUCACUCAGACGGUUCAGAAACUAACAGCACAGGGCAAUGCUUUGCAAAGGCCUGAGAAAUUGAAGAUGGGGGCGGAUCCUGGAGACGGAGGUUGGAGACUAACAGGAGAUUCUGGCUAUGAGGGUGGUCGAGCAUUGGAAUUGGGCGCCUAGAGAGGUGAUGGAGUCUCCCUCCUUGGAAGCUCUCGAGCAGGUUUGACAGAUGCUUGGCUGGGAUGGUUGAGUCGAGGUUAGUCCUGCCUUGAGCAGGGGCCUGGGCUAGAUGUGACCUUGUGAGAUCUAUUCCAGCCCCACUUUUUCCCAUCAUCCUCAGUGCUGUUUUCAGAAGAUCGCUUCAAUGUUGAGGAGCUUUGCAAAACAUCCCCCCCCUCCCAUCUGCAUCUGCUCCAUGCUGGGUUGAUUAUCAGGGUAGCCAACAGCAAUAAUGACACAUGGCUCUUCUCUCCAGCUGGCUUUCCAAAUACCUUCUCCAAAGGUCUUGGGCCUGCUGGGCCAGUGCUUUCUCAGGCUGAGAGCAAGUGCCCUAUGCAUCGUGUCCUACAGAUCUGGAUCCCAGGCACAUGUGAACCAGCUGGCAGGGAGUGUUCAACAGCCCAGCAGCUGCAUCCGUGUCUUCACUUUACCAAAGUCAAGGGAGACUAGCCUGGGAAGCAUGGACUGGCAGCCAGCACUCUUCCUCUCCACAGCCAUUAGGAAUGGACCGGUGUUGCUCCCCCAGCCAUCAUGUACUGUGUGUGCAUCUUGUAACAAGGGGCUAAAGUAGAACUUGGCCUCUCUUUAGUAUAUGGUGAGCAUCAGGCUGAGGCUGUGGCUUCAUCGCUCCUCCCAGGGGCAGGAGGCUUGCUUGGUACCAAGCAGGUGCUAGCAGCUCAGUGGAGCUA